AGAAAACAUUUUCUGUACGCUUAUUUUAGUCACUAACGUAAAUAAAAAAUAAAUAAAUUGUAUAUAUAUAAAACUUUAUUUAAAAUGUAAUGAAUUACGAAACAGCUUCAGGCAGUUUCCACGGACACCUAAGGUCCUGCUGCGAUUUGACAUUGCUUGCUUGUGUUAGUGAAGCGGUUAGCAUGGUAGGUAGUUGUGUCUGUGGCUGUGUUUGUAAGAGCAGGUGAAUGAGUUUGAGCUGCCGGUGGGUUAAGUGAAGUGGGUUGGAGAGGAGGUGAGAGGAGAGGAGAGGAGAGGAGAGGAGAGGAGGUGAGAGGAGAGGGGAGAGGAGGAGGAGGAGGAGGAGGAGGGCGGCGGCUGCCAGAGAAUGGCUCUGAUGCUGGGCUUGCUCUCAGCGGCUUCUGCUCCCCUCCGCUUUGGACUGAGAAGGACUUUACAACGCUCUUCAUUCACUGCUGCUCUUGGAAAACUUUCACCAACCCUAUUAAAGGGCCAAACUGACAGGAAUCUGACACUGAAUGGCCUGAAGCCGCUGUGGACUGUAAAUAAUCCCUGGUCUACAUCUAUACUUUACUCAGUAGAUGCUUCUAAAGAUGGACAACCAGGUGGACCAGAACGUCAGUCGAGUGGAGGAGGAGGAGGAGGAGGAGGAGAAGGAGGAGGAAAGAAAGGAGGGAAGAGAGACUGGAAAAGCCGUUUACUACAGGGUGAUAUUCCAUGGGAUGAUAAUGAUUUCCGCUACAUGGCGGUCACAGUGGCAGGCGUUGCAUCUGCCCUGCUCUACUUGUACCUCCGUGAUCCAAGCAAUGAGAUUACUUGGAAAGACUUUGUCCAUCGCUACCUGGCCAGAGGACUCGUUGAUAGUUUGGAGGUCAUUAACAAGCAGUUUGUCAGGGUCAUCCUAGUCCCAGGAGCAGAUGCUUCAGAUGGAGGCUACGUAUGGUUCAACAUUGGCAGUGUAGACACAUUUGAGAGAAAUCUAGAGGCAGCUCACUAUGAGUUGGGACUGGAGCCGUCGAACAGAGUGGCGGUGGUGUACCGCUCAAAGAGUGAUGGGUCUUUCAUUAAGAGCAUCAUUCCUACUUUGCUGCUGAUUGGUUUUCUGCUCUUCACCCUACGACGAGCAUCAAUGGGUGGGCCCGGAGGUGGCGGAAAGGGGCGUGGACUUUUCGGCAUGAGUGAAUCCCCUGCCAAGAUGAUGAAGGACAGCAUAGACGUGAAGUUUAAAGAUGUAGCCGGGUGUGAGGAGGCAAAGCUGGAGAUCCUAGAAUUCGUCAACUUUCUGAAGAACCCUCAACAGUACCAGGACCUGGGAGCUAAGAUCCCAAAGGGAGCUGUGCUGUCAGGACCUCCAGGAACAGGCAAGACUCUGCUGGCCAAAGCCACUGCUGGAGAGGCCAAUGUCCCCUUUAUUACCGUCAACGGAUCAGAAUUCCUUGAGAUGUUUGUGGGAGUCGGUCCAGCCAGAGUGAGAGACAUGUUUGCUAUGGCAAGGAAGAACGCUCCAUGCAUCCUUUUCAUAGAUGAGAUUGAUGCGGUCGGCAGGAAGAGAGGUGGAGGAAACUUUGGUGGUCAGAGUGAGCAGGAGAACACUCUCAACCAGCUGCUUGUGGAAAUGGACGGUUUCAACAGCAGUACAAAUGUUGUGGUCUUGGCUGGCACAAACCGACCUGACAUCCUGGAUCCUGCUCUGAUGAGGCCUGGUAGAUUUGACAGGCAGAUUUACAUAGGUCCUCCUGAUAUAAAGGGUAGAGCCUCUAUCUUUAAGGUUCACCUGAGGCCCCUCAAACUGGACCCAAAUCUAGACUCAAAUGCCCUUGCUAGGAAAAUGGCUGCUUCCACCCCUGGUUUCACAGGAGCUGACAUUGCGAACGUGUGUAAUGAAGCCGCCCUAAUUGCUGCCAGAUAUCUCAGUGAAGCUGUCAAUACCAAACACUUUGAACAGGCCAUUGACCGAGUGAUCGGAGGUCUCGAAAAAAAGACACAAGUCUUGCAGCCCAAUGAGAAGAAGACGGUGGCGUAUCAUGAGGCCGGACAUGCUAUAGUCGGCUGGUUCCUCGAGCACGCUGACCCACUACUCAAGGUUUCUAUUAUUCCACGUGGGAAAGGUCUGGGCUAUGCUCAGUACCUCCCUAAAGAGCAGUACCUGUACACGCGGGAGCAGCUGUUUGACAGGAUGUGCAUGAUGCUGGGUGGUCGCGUGGCUGAGAUGGUUUUCUUUGGCAGGAUUACCACUGGCGCUCAGGAUGACCUGAAGAAAGUCACGCAGUCAGCCUACGCUCAGAUCGUGCAGUUUGGGAUGAGCGAAAAGGUAGGCCAGGUGUCGUUUGAUCUGCCAAGGCAGGGCGACAUGGUGUUAGAGAAGCCCUACAGCGAGGCCACGGCAGAGCUCAUCGAUGAGGAGGUCAGAGAACUGGUGGACAACGCUUACCAAAGAACUCUGAGGCUCAUCACUGAGAAACGUGACCUGGUUGAAAAGGUGGGAAAACGUCUCCUGGAAAAAGAGGUGCUGGCCAAAGCUGACAUGGUGGAGCUGCUCGGUCCCAGGCCAUUUGAGGAGAAAUCUACCUAUGAGGAGUUUGUAGAUGGCACAGGCAGCUUUGAGGAGGACACAAGCCUACCGGAGGGGCUAAAGGACUGGAACAAGGAAAAGAACCUGGACGAGGUGGAAACCUACCAAAAGAAACAGGCAGCUUAAAACCCUCUCGGUCUACUCUUGUAUCAGAUACUCAGUGUGAGAUGGGUUUUCCGUACUGACGAGAGGUUGUGACCUUGUAUUGUGACAUGGCUGCAUUUUACAUCUGUCCAAUGUUAAUAAGAGGCUUAUAAUCAGAUUUGAACUGCCUUAAUCAUCAGCAGUGGAGGCGUAGGAAAUCUUGUACUGAAGUCAGUACACCAUUUCAUUUUUAAAAAUUAUUGGAUACAAGACCUCAGUUGGUGUGCUGAUUUUUAUUUUUUUAUUUUUUUUUAUUUUAUUUAAAUCCUCUUUAUGAAAGGGGAAGAGAAGAGACAAUGCUGUAUAUUUGUAUAAUUUGCAGACUGGCCUGAAAAACUUGUUUUAACAAACCUGUAUAUUGUACUUAUUUAAUUGAACAGACUUAUUCAGCUUCAACAGCAACACAUCUGUUCAAGUUAAUACUUCAUGGUCAAUGAUGUUUUAUUCUGGAUGUCUCCUGUUUCAUUAAAAUGGUUCAUGUACACCUCUUUAAAAUGGUUUCCUCCAAAAAAAGAUGAUGUCAAAAUAUGCCACGUUCUUGACGAUUUUCAACAACUAUAAAAGGUACAUAUUUUUGCUCAUUUACUGUAUCUUAAAGUGAAACUGUGUAGACUGUAAGUGGAUUACUUGUAUCUUCUCUGGUGUGAGUACCUCCUGCAUAGAUUCUCAAUCCCUUUUAAGGAGAUGUAGCCUAAAUCCAGCACAGUCAUUAUGCACUAUGUUGGACUGGUACCAAGAAGGCAUUUGUCUGAUCUGACCAAAAAAAAAAAACCCCCCUCUGAACACAAAUUGCUGUGAGAUGCAAGAUGGUCGAGUAGUUUUUGCUACUUGGUAUUAUUGGUGCAGUGAGCAACGUUGCCACCUCACAAGUCCAAGGUCCUGAUUUCAUUCCUGAGCUCAGGUUACUGUCUGAGUGGAGUUUCUUUAUCCUAUCGUUUCUGUUGACACACUCUUUCUUUAUAGUUGUGAUAUAAAGCCUGCUCCUCACAGAUAUCAUAGUCGUACUGUUUUGGUUUGCCCUAGUAUCCUGUUUAUGGACAAAACCAAGCCACGAUUUCUUUGUCAGCACAACUAGGUCACAGCCAGAUUGAUUUAUCGCACCCUCAGCUUCCCUCCCUUCACACGGAUACCUUGGUCAUCAGGGAAAUUCUUGCUUUCAAAGCUGGACACUAGAAUAAGUGCCAUCUUACAGGCUUGGAAAUUCAGUUAAAAAUGCUGUAAGUCUAUAUUUUAGUCGCAAUACAUGCGGCGUCACUGCUGUGAUUAUAGUGUGUUGUUGGUGUCCUUCUGAAAUCCAGUGUAAAUACAGCAGCACAAUAGGCUCAUUAAGACUAUACGAUACUGUUAAAAAAAAAAUCUGAGAUCGCUUCUCAUAAUUUAUUAACAUUCACAUAUGUAUUCACUUAAAACUGCGUAUACUGUACACGGUUAAACUGGAAUUUAGGAGGUGGGGGAGCUUUACUUCUUUCAUGGGUGCAAAUGAUGUGCAAAGGAACAGUAUUAUUCAAUUUAUAUGCUGUUAAUGCUAUGGAAAUGUGAUUGAAAGACGUCUUUGAUGUAUAUAAAACCGAUAUCACAACAUGUAUAUAUUCAUUUCAGGCAAUAAUACAUGAUACAGUACAGCCUUAAGCUAGCAAUUAAGGAACAUGCUUCCUCAAAAGAUCAAAUAUACAUCUACCGCUAUGCAUGUAUGUAAGUUCUUACCAUUUUGAAAUGUAUUUUCUGUAGAGCAGUGUGAUUAUAUUUUCACCAAUCAUAUGUCAUGCUAUCAUUUCUAUUUCCAUUAGAUUAAAGUACUGAAACUCAGAUAUGCCUAAAUGACCAUGUCCUCCCCAAUAGUUUUUCCUGGAUGUAGCUAAUAUAAUAACUUAUAAAUAUAAACCAGAUGCCUUUUCAGGUAUUUAGUUAAAAAUACUGUUAGUAUUCUAAAUUUUAAGCUACAAUUAUUUACAAUUCACAAUUCUUACUUGUUUUCAAAGUAAGAAGCAUUCUGUCUAUUCAUUUUAGUUAUAACCUCAUUUUUAAUGGUAUACUGCUUUCCCAGUCAUUUUGGGUAUCAUCUGCAGUGCUGUACUGGGCACACCUAAAAAUUUUGUUACAGCGUCCAGCAAAUGAAAUGAAAAUGCAUGACGUUGCAUAGUGCUUGCAUCAUAGUACAGUCAGGUACUUGUGCGUGUGUGUGUUGGACUGAAGUCUCAUCCAGGGUGUAUUCCUGCCUCACCCACUGUUUCUUUAGCCCAUUAAUUUGUCACCCGUUUGUCUAUACGCAUUAAAAACAACUCCAUAUGAUCACUGGCAUUUAAAUUCACAUACAAAGUAACAACAUGCACGGUGUUUGAUUUUCUUUCAAUUUUAUUCAUUUAGGUCGGUUGGAUUUUUUCCCGUCGUCGUUUCUUCAUGUAUAAUGUCAUACCCUGUUUUAAACAUGCUUAACAUUUAACCCUGUAAUAACCUGUAACUGUCAUACUGCUUUAUAAAUGCUCAAGUGAAAAAGUUUGGCACGAUUGAAUGGCAUGUUGUUCAUUUAAUCUUUUCAAUUAGGACUCGGUUAAAACACUUCAAGGAAUAUAAGUGGGUAUAUUUAGAUGUAAAAUAUAAUUGCUUUGAUGUUUAGGCAUUAAGCCUGGUUGCUCUUCCUAAUUUAAUGUGUCUCCUCUUUUUUUUUUUCUUUUUCUUCCUCCCCCCAAUAAUUCGGGAGCUAGUCUAUGUGUAUGAUAAUGCAGGUGAGGGUUUUUUUGUCCCACUUGUAGAACAAACUUGCUGUUGAUGAAUUGCCUCACUCGUUAAAACAUCACUUCCCCUUCCCGACAGCUCCUUAGGUCAGUUCUUCUCCAUUCAAAUGAUCCUUAAAGACACUGAAUGUGCCAGAAAGCUUCAUGAGGUCAUGCUGCCAGUUCGUCACAUAGCUAGGCUGAAAACUGUUUAACUGUAUCACUGAUACGUUUCCCAUUGAUUGCUGGUUAGAGGAGAAAUUUUGCAUUUCCUGAAGAGCCCACUCUUCUAUCACCAUUCGAUGUUAUCUAUUGGCUCAAUUUGCCUCGUUUAGGCAGAAAGAUCACUGUAUCUUGAGUAGGGGUCUCUGUGUCCUUUCAGAGAUCCCUCAUCACUUCCUUGGGAAGGAAUCUUCAUCCCCCAGGCAAGGACGGCACG